GUCAUGCUAUCUGGAGGACAUUGCUAUGAAGAAGGUCCCUUUUUCCCCUCUUCUCCAAGGCAUUUAAUCCGAAAUGGAAUUGCAAGGAUCCCUCCUCUUCUUUUAAAGCCAGACUGGCCUGCUAUCAUUGGUAUAACUACAGGUCUCUUGCUGAUUCUGAUUAUCAGUGUUCUCUUUCUACUUUGGUUUCAAGACUUGGGUUGGACACAGAAGGUUAAUGAAAACCCCCAAUUCCGAAAGCUACAUCUUAAAUUUAACUUUGAUAGUUAUUCAUCUAAGGGGUCUGCUGUAACAAUACUUAAAAAGCUGCAUCCUAGAAUGAGGAUCAAAGGCCACAUGAGCAGAAAAUGUGAUGAAUCUGAUAAAAAGAAGUGUCAUAAAUUGCUUGAAGAUGAUGAGUUCUGGGACUAUGAGCAGCAGAUAGAUAUGGAAUGUUUCAACACACAAAUCUUUUAUGAUGUUUUAUUAAAGCAAUCUCUUCUGGUUGCUACUAGACUUGGUCAGCUUAAGGAUGAGGUAAAGGCUUUCUAUGAAAAGCUUGUAUAUGAAGUGAGCGGCUUCAAAGAAAUCUUUAUGAAACGUCUAAGCAUCACUGGCUAUAUAAAACAUUAUGAAAGCUCAGUUAUGGAAGACUACGCAAGAACAAAGGACGAGGCUGAAUUGGAGAUAGCGAAGAGAAAGAAGCUUGCUGCAGAAUAUGAAGAUGUUCUAUAUAUGCAACUGCAGAUUUUACAUCAGGAUCUGAAAUCCCAGGAAGAACAUUAUGUCGGAUUUAAUGGAGCACUGAGAGAAUCUGUGAGAAUACUAGACAUGCUCAAAGACAAAUAUUGCACUGAAGAGUCUGACACUAAGAACAACACACAUUUCUACCAAAAACUCAUGCUGCAGUAUGAAGCAGUAUGCAAUAGCAUGUACAAUGCAGUCAUGAAGGAGUGUGAUCGACUAAAAUUGUGGGGAUUAUUGGGAGAAGGAACAGGAGCACAGCUUGUGAACAAGGAAAAGACCAGCCUGCUUUCAAAACGGGAUAUUAUAGCUUUGGAUGGUUCAUUGAGAGAAUGUGAUGUUGCAUUUAUAAAUCCAGUGCAUGGACUCAUUUCACCUACUAAGCAUGCUGUCAUGAUGCUGCCCAGUCAUUAUCUAACCCCGGUUCCUGGUGACCACUUUGUGCACAGUGAAACAGGGAGGGUCCUUCCUAUUGCUGGGAAUGUUGGAUAUGAUCCAGUCUCCUCCCAGUUGAUCCCUACUGUAGACUCUGCCGUUGGUGACAUUUGGAAGACAGAACUACCCACACUUCUCUAUAUUCCAUAUCCAGUUUGCCCAGACACAGGUUUGCCAGUAAAGUGCAAUCUUCCAAGUUUCCACCAUCAAGGAAAAGGUGAAGGCUUUCAAUCCAUGGUGGAUGCCACAUCUGGGAUGGAAGUACCAAUACUGGCAGUGACAAUACAUCCACAAACUCAUCUGUGGUUGGCUGUGGGGGGGACAUAUAUUCAUCCUCUAACACGGCUUCUUUCACCAAUUGAAAUAGGAGGUCCUGUGAUGGAUGCUAAGGAAGAGAGCAUUUCCCCAAUUUUAGGAGUUGAAUUAGACAACACAGGCCAUGUACUUCCACUAGGAGGAUUGCUGACUCCCACUGGAAGGAUUGCAGUUCUAGGAGACAUCUUCACGGAGCCCUUGAGUGGAAAGAAGUCCAAAAUCCAAGGUGCUGUUCUCCACCAAGGAAAACUGUCACCUCACGCAGGCAGCUACCAGUCCCUUCUGGAGACAUACAUGCUCCUGUCUCAAAUAAAAGUGAUUGAGGUUUUAAAGAAAAACAAAGUCUUACUCUGUGAAGAUGUGGCAGCUUCGGAAGAGGAUUUUAAUCACAUGCAUAAAACGCUAAAUAAAGCUGUGGAAACCAUGAAGAAGUCAUUGACGAUUAUGGAGAAGUACAAUAUGUGUAGAAUGUACAAUCUAAGAAUCCACCACAAAGUAGCAAGUGAUAUUAAACACUGUGGUGGAAACUUAGGGAUGAUCAUGUACCCUAAAACAGAACUGUGGAUACCUGCAGUUCUAGGAAUGGAGAUUCCUGACACCGGACCCUCGGAUCUGAUGGUGCCGAUUCUGGGAGUGGAGCAUGAUUUUAACAAAGGCUACCUUAUUCCCCUUGCAGGAACAAUGGUAGACUCUGAUGGAAAUGGUCUUAUUCCCAUCAAAAUGGGAGCAAACACUAUAGAUCCACUAACAGGGAACAAAGGACCUGUAGUUGGUGCGAGAAUAAAUCCAAAGACAGGGAUUGUAGUGCCUGUUGUACCUCCAACAUCUGUACGAGAAAGGGAUUCUUACAUGCUGGAGGUCACUGAGAAAGAACUGUCCCUAAGGGAGGAAUUUUGGCAUAGCCAGAAGGAUAAAGAAGACGAUCUAAUAAAGGAAUUGAAUGUUACAACAAUGUACAUCAUUGCCGCAGCAAGAGAGCUGAAGACACAUAAGGUGAAAGUGAAAGAGAGGAUGUUAGCACUUGAAGCAGCCUGUCACUCACUUGAAGAAACGUCCUUGUUUGAAACCCAAAGAAGAGCUGCUAAGAACCUAACUACUUUAACGCUUAAUGCUGGCCAUGUAUCUUUUCUUGCUGAUGGUACAGAAGAGAAGGAGCAGCAGGUGAUGGUGACCCUGGUUGUGAGGAAAACUACUGAAAGAUUAAUACAAUUUGCUGACAUGAUGGAGCAGGAGACUGAGAGGCUACACAGACAACUGAGUGAAUGGCAUAAAGGCAGAAAGACUGCAGAGGACACAAUGAACACCAAACACAGGAUGGUUCUGCUGCAAUUAGUUGAUGAAUUUCAAGAUCACAUCAUGAAAAGACUUGCUGGUGUGGACUUUGCCUACUGUAGACUGGAGUAUUUAAGAGAACAUGACAGAUUACAGGGACUUUUGGCAAAGUCAUUUUUAUUAGGUGCAACACCCUAUUUUAUCAAUCCGCAAACAACAUAUUGGAAUGCCAGAGGAAAAAAUUUUAAAGAUAUUCACCAAACAAUGAUUCCAUUGCUGAAACAUAUAAUUCAUAUCAUGGAAGACAAGAAAAAUUCUGUGUUAUUAUCUGAUGUGAAAUUACCAGUCUCAGGUUACUCUUCAAGAAGUACUUUAAAAGCAUCAGCAGCAAACUGCAAUUUUCGUGAGGCAUCAAGCGGAGUAUCCAAACUUCAGCCGAGUGCUCCCUGGCUCAACAAUUCUGAAAUCUUUUAUAGGCACCAAGAUUAUCUCUUUAGGUUUCUUAUUGAGAAGCAUGCAAGUGAGCUUGUCCAUUUGGAACAGUUGCUUGUGGUGGAAGAGAUCAACAGGAUCUGGAACUUUUAUGAAACUUAUAAAGAAAAUAUAACUGGAACAAUAAUAGAGGGCUCUCCUAAAGUGGCUCAAACUGCAUGCAAAAGUCACUCUAUGACUUUGGACUUCAGACCUGGAAAGGAGACUAUUGAAGCAGCAUUGUCAGCAUCUGAAAAGAGGCCAGAUUUAUUUGUUGAGUGGGAGAGACUUUUAGAGGAUCUGGCUGGUGUGCACAGAAAUGCUCUAAACAUGUUGUAUCAAAGGCACCAGGAUGAAGUCAGAAGUAUGGGGCUGAACCCAGACACUGUAAUACCUGGAAACUAUUUCACCAGAGAUAUAAAAACUGCUCUUGUCAAGCUUGCCACAGACAUGCAAGCAGUAAAUGAAUACCCAUACUAUGAGGACAUUCAAAAAAUGCAGGCAAUGUCUUCAGCUGCUAAAUUAAUCCCAGACGAUAAGGACCAUCAUUUUCAUCACCUUAGAACUAAAGCUGCAAAAUGUGUAAAGCAAGAGUUAUUGACACAAAUUCACACCUAUGAGAUAUUGGAUGAAUACAAUAAACUGCAGGUUGACAACUGUACUGAGGAAGUUCAGAAGAGUUUGUCCAGUUUACUAUACAUGCCUUGGUCAGGAAAAACAGCAGCAGAGAAAGCAGCAAACAGCCUAGAAGAACAUCAUAUUGAAAAGCUAAUAACAUUCUUAAAGAAGUCCUACAAAGAAGAACAGCUCCCAAAUAGUCAGAUAUCACUCGGUGAAAUGCAGUUUCAACUAGAAGAAGAACAUCAUUCACUAACAGAGCAAUUGCUUCAGGAGAAAAGCACACUUCUGUUCAAUGAGCUGACAAGUUCACAAACCAGAAGAAAUGUGGAGCACAUUGUAUGUUCUGUCCUGUCUCACAGACACCUUCGCCAGAUAGUUACACUUCUCCAAGAUGCAUUCAAAACCCCAAAACAAGUAGAGGAAAACACAGGAGUAAAAUGGCAAUUCUAUGAAGACAUAAUGGGGAAUUGUGAAAGUGAUAUUUUAAGUUUGUUUCAAGAUAAAGGGGAAGCCAGUUUGCUGUUUGUGGAGCUACGUCAUCUUUUGAAAAGGAUACAGCUAAGAGAAUGCCAUCUUGAAGAAAUAGCAACUGCAUUGAAAGAAUACUGCUCUGAUAAGGUCCCUAUUCUACCUUGUGUGGAAGAAGCACACUACUUGGCCAAUGAACUUCAAAUCUUAAGAGAGCAGAAGUUAAAGAAACUUGUAGAAGAACUGAAAGAGUUAUCCCAAAACCUAAAAGCAAAUAAAAAGUCUAGCUCUCAAGUGUUAGAAGCAAAGGAAGAAAAAGCUAAACAAGAAAAAGAAAUGCUGAAAGAAUUGCAAGAGAAGCAGGCCACACUGGAACAAGCACACAAGAAGCAGAUCUCAGAGGAGAGGCUGGCCCUUCAAGACCAGUUAGAACGUGGAGAACUUAAUGGUUUGAUGAAGCAGAAACUUAUUAAGGAUCAUGAUGAAACAGUCGCAUUCUUGGAAAAAACUCUACAGAGAGAACUUGAGAAGCUGAAUGUGGAACUAGAAAAAGAACUGGUGAAGAAGAGGCAGGAAGAAACGAUCAAUUUAAACACAUUACCAGAGACAAGCGAUUUACAGAAUCCUCAUCAGAAUAUUUUAACUCUUCUGGCAGACAAUAUCGGCAUAUUUCAGCAAGCAGAACAAAUUGCAGCUUCAAGAAUAACUCUAUUGGGCCCACAGUUGUUUUCUUCAAUUGGAACAUCAGGUGAUGAUGUAUCCAAAACCCUAGAUUCAUCUCCUGCCCUUACCCUGCUCAAAGAAGUGGAUGCAGAGCUAAGAGCAAAUGCUCAGAGAGCUCGAAUAAUUCAAGGUUGUAAUGAGGCAGGCAAAGAUAAAGGGAAUGAAUUUAGAGAUAUAAUGGAUUUGCAACAGACCUUUAAAGAAGACAUGACACCAAUAAAUCCAGAACAGCUUACUAUAAGAGAGUUUGUGAUUUACCAAUAUGGUAACUACAUCCUGCAGUUGCUACAGCCACAUGUUCAAGAAAAAGAAAUAAAUCUGCACAUUACCUCCAGAUUGCCUGGGAAUGAUCAUAAAGGGAAUGCCUUCUGCCACUCUUUUUAUUAUCAGAGCUCAGAGAAUAAUCUUUUUGUGUCCCGUGAGUAUCUUCAGUCUGUUGGAAGCUUCGUUCUGCUGCUUGUGCACUGUGUAUCUCAUAUUUCUUCUGAAAAUUUCAGUGAUGAUUCCAAUCCCUGCUUUCUACGAAUUUUCUACCAGGCAUUAAAGAUUUGCUUCGGUGACUGCUUUGCUGCCAGAUUUCAAACAGCAUCACUAGUGCAUAAACCCCUUUCCAACCUGCAAGAUACCCAAGAGACAAAACAACAGCAAACAGAAACAAGUGCCGAUUUCCUCACUAAGCUUAUUUUAUUGAAACCAUCCACACAAAAACCAUUCUUUAAAGAGAUGUGGAAUAAUUGUAAAGAAAUAGAGUCCUGGCAAACAGUUGAGAUGUUUCUCAGACACAGAGUGGCUACUAUGAAGAGAGAAUUUUUUACACAGACCAGCAAGAACUCUACCCAGCAUUUCAACUGGACACCACAGGACAGAGAUGAUCUAAAGAAAAGUAUCAGUCCACAGCACAUGGAAGAAUAUCUAGACCAACUUAAUGCUGACUUAAUAAAGAUACUGGAAAAAGAAUUGAAAUAUAAAAAUGAUGAUAGGCAGCAAUGCUAUUUCCAGGUGUUACUGUUGGAAAAGGAAUGCCUGAAGAAGAAAAUUAAGAAAGUGGAAGACAAACUUUCUGAAAUGAACAUUAUGUUGUAAUUAUGGCAGUACUUACUAAUACAACUAGUUUAUUAUAGACAAUGCUUGCUAUAUCUAACAAUGCUUUCUAUUGUUUGCUCAUGCAAAGUAGUACAUGUAGCUGUGAUCUACAAAGUGGAUUUAGAUCCAUGAUGACUGUUGUCUGCAUGCACAUAAGUAUAUAAAUCCUUUGACUGUCCAAAUCCAUAAGUCUGUUAUUUAGUACAUUUAUUAUAUUUCAUGAUCAAAUGUUGUAGAUAUGUCAGCAUGCCACAAUAUGCUUCUUACAGAAAACAGUAGGGAUUGUUUAUAUUUGGCAAAAGCUGCAUUUUACACCCUGCACUACCAUCAUCACCUCUGGGCUCCAGAAUGGAGUGCAAGAAGGGCUGUAUGUACUGUAUGAGGGGCAGGCUGGUGGAGGCAUGUAGGUGUCACCUUUCCAGGCCCCUAAUUUGUGUGUCCUUAUGUCAGGCGGUAAGGUAAGGACAGGACUAAUCUCUACACAUCACAUCAGAUCUUUGAACCAGUGUGAGGUGCCACAGUGCAUCAAGGCACUGGAUGUAAGUGCUUACCAAAUGAGUGCAGGGAUGUAAUCUUGUGCUCCUUUGUACUCUAUCACCUCUGAUGGUUCCAAUUUCUACCAGGCAGCCCUGAAUCACACCUAACCAUCAGAUAUCCUAAAGUUUUUAAAUUGUCUAUAACUCAGUGGUCAUUAUCUAAAAUAGAAUAAGGCUAGAAAUGCUGUAUUUUGUAUACUUUACAUAAACAUGAACUUACU